AUCUGUCCCCGGGAUCCCUUUGGAUCUCUCCCCAGGAUCCCUUUGGAUCUCUCCCCGGGAUCCAUUUGCUGCUGUCCCUGGGAUCCCUUUGGAUCUGUCCCCGGGAUCCCUUUGGAUCUCUCCCCGGGAUCCCUUUGCCGCCGUCCCCUCUCCCCCGCGACGAUGAUGCUGAACUCGGAGCCUUCCUCCCUCUCCGUCCCCUCGGCUCACCCCGAGCCCGAGCCCGCGCCGGGGGCCGGUGCCGGUGCCGGUGCCGGUGCCGGUGCCGGUGCGGGCCCGGCGGGCAAGGAGCCGCUGAGCCGCGAGGAGCGGCGGCGCCGGCGGCGCGCCACGGCCAAGUACCGCACGGCGCACGCCACGCGCGAGCGCAUCCGCGUCGAGGCCUUCAACGUGGCCUUCGCCGAGCUGCGGCGCCUGCUGCCCACGCUGCCCCCCGACAAGAAACUGUCCAAGAUCGAGAUCCUGCGCCUGGCCAUCUGCUACAUCUCCUACCUGAACCACGUCCUGGACGUCUGAGGUGUCCGUCUGUCUGUCCCUGUGUCCGUCUGUCCGUCCGUGCGUCCGUCCCUGCUGCCCACGCUGCCCCCCGACAAGAAACUGUCCGAGAUCGAGAUCCUGCGCCUGGCCAUCUGCUACAUCUCCUACCUGAACCACGUCCUGGACGUCUGAGGUGUCCGUCUGUCUGUCCCUGUGUCCGUCUGUCCGUCCGUGCGUCCGUCCCUGCUGCCCACGCUGCCCCCCGACAAGAAACUGUCCGAGAUCGAGAUCCUGCGCCUGGCCGUCUGCUACAUCUCCUACCUGAACCACGUCCUGGACGUCUGACUGGCCGUCCGUCCGUCCCUGUGUCCGUCUGUCCGUCUGCUACACCUGAACCACAUCCUGGACGUCUGACCUGUCCGUCCGUCCGUCCCUGUGUCCGUCUGUCCAUCCCUGUGUCCACCCGGCCGUCUGCUACAUCUCCUACCUGAACCACGUCCUGGACGUCUGACCUGUCCGUCCCUCCGUCCCUGUGUCCGUCUGUCCGUCUGCUACACCUGAACCACGUCCUGGAUGUCUGACUGUCCGUCCAUCCCUGUGUCCGUCCGUGUGUCCACCCGGCCGUCUGCUACAUCUCCUACCUGAACCACGUCCUGGAUGUCUGAGGUGUCCGUCUGUCCAUCUGUGUGUCCGUCUGUCCAUCCCUGUGUCCAUCUGUGUGUCCACCCGGCCGUCUGCCACAUCUCCACCUGAACCACGUCCUGGACGUCUGACCUGUCCAUGUGUCUGUCCAUGUGUCCACGUGUCCAUCCCUGUGUCCGUCCGUCCGUCCGUCCGCGUGCUCACCCUGCCCCCCCCGGCCCUGCUCCCAGGGCUUUGGAGCAGCAAUUCCGGAGGAACUGGAGCAGCAAUUCCGGAGGGAGGGAAGAGCCAAUCCCAGAGACCGGGGACUGCAAAUCCCAGAGCGAUGGAGCCACAAAUCCCAAAGGGUUGGAGCCGCAAAUCCCAAAGGGUUGGAGCCACAAAUCCCAAAAAUUUUGAAGAGCAAAUCCCAGAGGGUGGAGCCACAAUUCCUGAGGAACUGGAGCAGCAAUUCCCAUGGGGAUGGAGCCAAAAUUCCCAGAGGAACGGAGCUGCAAAUCCCAGAGAUUGGGACAGCGAAUCCCAAAGGGUUGGAGCAGCAAAACCCUAAAGUUUGGAAGAGCAAU